UCUAAGGAGGUCUAUUGAAAGCCCAGCACGUUUGAAAAUGAUCAAAGAAGAGGUUCUUUUGUAUGGUCAUGACAUCGUUUUUCGUGAACUACUUAACUUACGACCCGAAGUAACCGAUAAGAUGAUUCUGGAAGCCUGCCGACUACUGAAAAUAUCGCCACUAGAAAUAAAAAAUGCGUCCGAUCAGUUGGAAUAUAUAAAGCUGAUCCUGAGAAGAUCAACACCACAAGUCGAUAAUCAGUUGGAGUGUAUAAAGGUGAUCCUGGGACAGGGAAAUAGGGAAAUCAUGGAUGUUCGUUCCGUUGAUGCACGUUUGAAUAUGAUGAAAAAAGAGGUUCUUUUGUAUGAUCAUGAUAUCACUUUUCGUGAACUACUUAACUCACGACCCGAAGUAACCGGUACGAUGAUUCUGGACGUCUGCCGACUACUGGAAAUAUCGCCACUAGAAAUCGACAAUCAAUUGGAGUAUAUAAAGCUGAUCUUGGGACAACGAUUUAGGGAAACCAUAGAUGUUCGUUCCGUUGAUGGCGCUUUAGCACAUUUGAAUAUGAUUAAAAAAGAAACUGGUAACAUGAUUCUGGGAGCCAUCCGAGGACUGAAAAUGUCGCCACUAGAAAUCGACAAUCUGUUGGAGUAUAUAAAGCUGAUCCUGGGACAGGGAUUUAGGGAAACCAUGGAUGUUUGUUCCGUUGAUGGCGCUUUAGCACAUUUAAAUACGAUUAAAAAACAAAUCCUUUAUCUUCAUGAUAUCAUUUUUGAUGAACUAUUUAACCCACGGCCCGAAGUAACCAUAGUAAAUCGAAGUAAGAUGAUUUUGGAAGUCUGUCGACUGCUGGGACUGUCGCCACUAGAAAUCGACAAUAAGUUGGAGUAUAUAAAGCUGUUUCUGGGACAAAGAUUUAGGAAAACCAUGGGUGUUCGUUCCGUUGAUGGCGCUUUAGCAGAUUUGAAUAUGAUUAAAAAAGAGGUCCUUUUGUAUGGUCAUGAUAUCAUUUUUCGUGAACUACUUAACCCACGGCCCGAAGUAACCGGUAAGAUGAUUCUGGAAGUUUGCCGACUACUGGAAAUAUCGCCACUAAAAAUCGACAAUAUGUUGGAGAAUAUAAAGUUGUUCCUGAGACAAAGAUUUAGGAAAACCAUGGGUGCUCGUUCCGUUGAUGGCCUUUUAGCACAUUGGAAUAUGAUUAAAAAAAAGGUCCUUUUGUAUGGUCAUGAUAUCAUUUUUCGUGAACUACUUAACCCACCACCCGAAGUAGCCGUAGUAACCCGAAGGAAGAUGAUUCUGGACGUCUGCCGACUACUGGAAAUAUCGCCACUAGAAAUCGAUAAUCAGUUGGAGUAUAUAAAGCUGAUCUUAGGACAGGGAUUUAUGGAAACCAUAGAUGUUCGUUCCGUUGAUGGCGCUUUAGCAGAUUUGAAUAUGAUAAAAAACCAGGCCCUUUUGUAUGGUCAUGAUAUUAUUUUUCGUGAACUACUUAACUCACGGUUCAAAGUAACCGGUAAGAUGAUUCUGGAAGUCUGCCGACUACUGGAAAUAUCGCCACUGGAAAUUGACAAUCAGUUGGAGUAUAUAAAGCUGAUCCUGGGACAGGGAUUUAGGGAAACCAUGGAUGUUCGUUCCGUUGAUGGUGAUUAUAUACAUCUAUCGACAAACGCUUUAGCAGAUUUGAAUAUGAUUAAAAAAGAGGUCCUUUUGUAUGGUCAUGAUAUCAUUUUUCGUGAACUACUUAACCCACGGCCCGAAGUAACCGGUAAGAUGAUUCUGGAAGUUUGCCGACUACUGGAAAUAUCGCCACUAGAAAUUGACAAUCAGUUGGAGUAUAUAAAGCUGAUCCUGGGACAGGGAUUUAGGGAAACCGUGGAUGUUCGUUCCGUUGAUGAUAUAGGCAAUACGGCGUUGCAUUACGCUCUCGAGAAAAAUUGGUACGAAGCUGCAACUCUACUUCUCAAGGAAGGCAGUUACCUUGGUCAGGUGAACAUAUUCAACAACAUCGCUAUCGCGGAUAUUCCAGAUUUCAUAUUGUCCAGCUAUUUUAAUGACUGCAUUCAAUUAAAGAAAGAAUGGACGGACGAGUGUACGAUCGAGUUCGACUAUCGUUGCUUGAUGCCGCACGAAAAUUUCGCUGAACAGCAAGAAAUUUCGCGAGCGACCUGUGAAAUGGAAGUAAUUUUGUAUAUCGCCAAUAACGACACUCUCAAACAUUUGUUGAGACAUCCGUUAAUCUCGUCCUUUCUCUGCAUUAAAUGGUACAUGAUACGGCACGUUUUGUACGCAAAUUUCGUUUUUUACACAAUGUUCUAUUUCUUCGUGAACGCCUACAUACUAAGCAUGACUUACGACACAUCAAGUAAAAAUAAACAGCAAAUUGCUAACGAUAGUUUCAAUACAGUCUUUGCAAGUACUUUCCUUACAUUACAAAACAAUCUAUCGUGGGUUUUUGUCAUGGGGAUGUUGCUGCUCUUUACCUAUCGAGAGAUCUUGCAAUUUCGCUCCUAUCCCCAACGCUACUUGGUAGAUUUGGAAAACUGGUCACAAAUUCUGCUAAUUGUACUGACUUUUGCACUGUUGUGCGGCGCAGGACUGCAAAUCAGGGUCAUGGUUAUCCUACUGUCCACCUGGGAGUUAAUGACUCUGAUAAGCCAGCAUCUGUUUCCGUCUUGUAUCGAAAUGUUUCGAACUGUCUUCUUCAAUUUCGUUCGCUUUUCCUUCCCGUAUCUAAUUCUGAUUUUUGCAUUCACUCUAGCUUUCUACAUGCUCUUGAGGAAUGACGGUUUCUCUAAUUCUGAUCUUUCGCUUUUCAAAACCAUCAUUAUGUUCACCGGCGAGUUUGACGCCAAAGACAUUUCUUUUUCUGCGUAUCCUGUUUGGAGCCGCAUUGUACUCGUGCUGUUCAUCUUUCACAUAGUCAUCGUGCUGUUUAAUUUACUUAAUGGUUUGGCAAUCAACAACAUUGCCGAGAUUCUGAAUAAGGCCGAGAUUAUCGGAUUAAUCUCCCAGGUACGCCUGAUCGCUUGUUUCGAAAGAAUGACAGUCGGGAAACCGUUCUGCUGGAAUUCUAAAUGGACGUGGUCGAAUCCUUUUAAUUUCUUUUUCAACAAGAUUCUUCUCUUUCCACAUUACCUCAAAUGCGGUAAGAUAAGUUUCAAACCUUACGAUGAUAAUCUGAUUGUUUAUGAUGGCCAUAGGCAUAACGUUGGCUAUUCCAUGGAUUGGUCCACUUUGAAAAUGGAUCCUAACAUAGUCAAACAUGCUAAGCAGGUUGUCUACGAUAAGAAUGAACUGUCAAAUAAUGAUAUAAUGAAUGAACUUGCUAAGUUGCAAACAAGAUUGACACAGAUAAAAAAUACUUUGAGAUGUGAAGAUUAAGAAUGCUGAACAUGAUGCUGAAGAAGACAUUUUUAAAAAUUAAAUUUGAGAGGCUUUCUUAAGUAAGUCUUAAGUAAUAAAAUGCAUGUAAAAUGAGGAGAUUAUAUAAAGGAUGUAAUAGUAUUUUUUUAAUCAAUAUGUAGAAAUUAAGAGAUAGAAAAAAAUAAUAGAUAGAAGAAAGAGUUUUAAAUUUAGAGAAGAUCACAGAAACGGUGAUCUUGAUUGACACAAAUAAGCGUCACUUUGAAACAUUGAAGAUUUAAGAAUUAGGAGAAUUAUCUAAAUCUUAAUGUGUGACAUAACAAGAUUUUUUUUUACAAAACUUACAAUUUUAAGAAAUAAAUGACUUAAAUGGUUUAUUUAAUGAUAAGACUAUCUUCGCAAUAAAAAGCUUUAGAAUUUUUUCCGGGAAUGACUUCGAAUUAUUAUAAUUUAGAUCAAUAGUACACGAAGUAAGCAAUAAUAUAAUUUUUUUUUUAUUUUUUAGUUAAAUCACUUUUAUAAUAUAAUUAUUAGUAUAUAUUAUAUAUAUAUUAUCAGUUGCGGAAUAGAUUUUAGAGAGACUAGACAGAUGGUACCGCGAGUGGUGGCUAGGGCUACUGUCUUCUCGUCAGGUGAUAUCGCCACACGUGUGACCACACCCUCCUGGUAAAAGACAAACGUUAAUAAACGUUAAUAAAUAUGCCAAUCGCACAGCGUAGAGUCAUAAUAUGUCAUUUGUUCAAUCAACAUUUGACUAAAACCUACAUUUCUGAUUAUAUAUUGAAAAAAUUAUGAAUAAAAACUUAACGUAAUUGCAACUGAAGGAUUAUUUACCGAUAGGGGUAUUAUUUGAAGAAAUGAACAUGAUUCUCUGAAGAACAAGUAGACGCUGCCACUGGUGGAGCCUAGCACAAUGUAACUUGGCGAUGCAUGCUAUGGAAACAUGUGUACUGUAAUUACAUAAUUUAUAUUAUAUACCUUAAAAAUUGCACUAUAAAGUCAAUCAAAAACUUGAAAGAAAAAAAACAGAUUUUGGAAAUUGUAUUUUAUCUAUCUCAUGUAUCGUAUCUAUAUAAUUAUACAUAGAUCCGACAAAAAAAGGCGAACGUUCGCUGCUACGGUUAAAAGUAAAAAAAUUACGUAACAGUGCUAUGAAUAAAUAAGUAAUAAUAUAUCUUGUGUAGAUAUGCAACGUAUUGUAUGCAACGCAAGCUAUAAAUGUAUCCAUUUCUGUCCUGCCUAGAGAUGAAAAUCUUGAAACUUGCUCGACAUUAUGAAAUCGGAAAUAAUCCGGAUUAUUUUUAUUGUUCUUCAGAGGCUGGGUCAACGCGGGGCAAGUCGCGGGACAUUUUUGACAGUGUGUUGACAGGUAUGUACAUUGUGUACGCCCGCCGUAUCGUUUGAGUUGACCGCACCGUCGCGUCGCGCCGCGCCGCCUCAGCGCGGAGAAACGCGUGCAAAGCCUUGCUAGGCGAUUAUGUCAACCGUACCUUUAUCCGCUGCGUCGAAUUGAUUGGUUUGUACAGGAUCGAGUUGAUUUCCUCACGUUCCGACGAGAUGUAAGGAAAAUCUAGAAAAUUCGGUGCGGCGGGAUACAUCGUCCAGCAUCUUCUUUGUGACUGUCGAGUGACGCGACGCGCGCCUCGUACACAACACAAUGGGCUGCGUUUCUUUUGACGCUCACAGUGUUGUAAGCCGUAAGCGUCUUAAACGUCCUUCUGUCUUCGUUGCAUCAAAUAUCAAACAAAAAUGGAGCGAUGCCUUUCAACAAUGAAAGCGUCAAAAGAAACGCAGUCACAACUGACACAAAUACUGAAUUAUGUCCGUCCGGAAUCCAGAUUGUGUUCGU